AAAAAGUAAUCUCUCAAAUCUCAAUCCCCUAUCUUUUCUCUCCAUUUCACCUCUAUCCAAUUUUUUCCCUUUCCCUCUACCCAACCAACAACAAGCACCGUCAAUUUGACAAACCUUGGACUCACUCUCCCAAUUAACAAUUCCUCAAAUUCCAAAUUGCAUUCAACCUUUCAUUGCAAUCCCCACCACACUUACUUCAUUCAUUCAACUUCUAAUUCACACACACACAUACACAUACAUACAUACACAUACACACACGCAUCUUCAUUCAUUCCUCACCGUUCCUUCUUUUUAUUGGCUCUUCUAAACUCUCUUAUCCCUUCCCAUCAUCCACCAAAUACAAACCUCAACCACCACCACCACCGUCACCGCCACCAAACGCCGUCGUUUCAUCACCCAAUCCGACCCAUAUCCCUUCCCCUCCAUCUUCCUCCGUUUUUCCACCAAAGUUUCUCUCUUUAGCUCCUUCUAACAAAACCCUUUUGCCCUUUUUACCUGCAAAUUCCUCUACACCUUUCAAAAUUUGCUUUUUCUGUUUGUUUUUUUGGUUAUGGCGUUGCCUCAGCCUAUUCACGAUGUGUUGGAGAAUCCUGCAAUCUUGGGCGCGUGUACAGCGGUGGCGGUGUUUUUCAGCCCUGUGUGGGUGGCGUUUUUCUUCGGCGUGGUGGUUGGGUGGUUCUGGAAACCCAAAUGGGCUAGCUUGGGGAAGCAGAAAUUGACCACUUCGCUUGCUAAGUCCUUGGAUUUCGCUUCACCAUCCUCGGCUUCGCCGUCAAGCUCUGUAUUCUCGCCCAUGAAGAGCUAUUUCUCCUCGCCUUGUCUCAAUUCUUUCACAAUGCAAGCUCCAAACCCAGAAUCUCUGGCGUUGAAUAAAGAUGUGAAUAGUAAGAAGGGUUCUUCGUCUUCUUCGCCGAUGAAAUGUGAUGCUCCCAGAAGUGAAGAAACUUCUGAUUCUGUUACAACGGAGGAUUUGAACCACCUGUGCCAGCUUGUGGAGGAGAAAGAUGGAGGUCUCCCUUGGAUACAGAUGAUGGAUCGUUCUACGCCGACUAUGGGCUACAAGGCAUGGCGGAGGGAACCUAAGGAUGGUCCUCCUCAAUACCGAAGCAGUACUAUAUUUGAGGAUGCAACUCCUGAGAUGGUGAGAGACUUGUUCUGGGAUGAUCAAUUCCGACCUAAAUGGGAUGAUUUGCUUACAAACUCGACAACCCUUGAAGAGUGUCCUACGACAGGAACCAUGAAAGUGCAAUGGAUUCGGAAGUUUCCCUUCUUCUGUAAAGACAGAGAAUAUAUUAUUGGUAGAAGAAUAUGGGAAUGUGGGAGGUCAUACUAUUGUGUGACAAAGGGAAUAGAUUGUCCUUCAAUGCCAAAACGAGACAAACCUAGACGGGUUGAUGUGUACUACUCUAGUUGGUGCAUUCGAGCAGUGGAAUCAAACCGAGGCAAUGGACAGCUAACUGCCUGUGAAGUUUUACUCUUCCACCACGAGGAAAUGGGUAUUCCCUGGGAAAUUGCAAAGCUUGGAGUACGAAAAGGGAUGUGGGGAAUGGUCCAGAAGAUUGAGCCUGGUUUGAGAGCCUAUCAAGAGGCAAGAGCUGCUGGUGCUCCACUCUCUCGUGCAGCAUUCAUGGCUCAGGUCAACACAAAAAUUAGCCCUGACUACUUGCAAUCCAUUGGAACCACUGAGAAUUCAUCAGAGACUGAAAAUGCGGUCGCCACGGACAAACCACAGGGCGUGAACAUACCCAAGAUGCUAGUCAUUGGGGGUGCUGUUGCUCUUGCUUGUAGUCUGGACCGGGGACUGGUGACCAAGUAUGUUAUAUUUGGAGUUGCUAGAAGAUUUGCUAAUUUAGGCAAAAGAUAGUGAACCAAUCUUAUCUUGAAUGCCAUUGUUUUGGUCUGGAUGAUCAAUGUUAUCCAUCAUAGCUGCUUAAUGUUAGGUUCCUUUUUAGAUAAAUCGUUUAUAGUUAAAAAAGUAAAAUCCAAGGGAAAUGAGAAAGUCUCGGCUUGUUUGUUGGGGCGGGAAAUAAUUUGAGAAAUUUUUUUGUUCCAUGAGUUGGUCAAAGAGUUAUAGUUGUACAAACUCAGUAAGAAUAAGAAAGUCUAUUUUCAGUUC